AUGGGAUUUUACUCAGUGGCAUCAAGUAGAUCAGAGGGUUCUAAUUCUAUGGUAAAUUUGUCUGAGGACCGGGAGGAUUUGUCACAAGAAGAGCGAAUUCAAGCACAAAAUAUGCAUCAGCAACAGCAGCAGCAAAAUCAAGGGAAUCAAAACACACCUGAUGGACCGAUGCGGCAGUCCAGUAGUCAGCAGACAACUAAAGAGGGUAGCAGAGCUAAACCACAGCCGUGUAAGGUGUGUGGUAAAGUAUUGUCAUCGGCCUCGUCAUACUACGUACACAUGAACCAAUUUGCUAUUCACAUUCGUACGCAUACUGCUAGUACUACGUACGAGUGUAAUAUUUGUGGUCGUACAUUUGUACGUGAUAGUUACUUGAUUCGGCAUCAGAAUCGAGUCCACCGUGAUUUGAGCCAAAAUAAUUCUAAUCACAAUCCAUCAACUCCGCAGAGCAGUGGUGGUGCUACGACUCCUGGUACUGGCUUUGAAAGUCCUGUUUGUGAUUUACGUUACAGUGAAGGACCAUCAUCACUUGACGGACUCGGCGGUGGUAAAGGUAUAUCUCCUGAAAUAGCAACAUUAGCUAAACAUAACAGUCUUCAUCUUCCGACAGACUAUUUAAAUAUUAUAAAGCAAUGUCACGGAGCGGUGUAG